AUGAUAAAUUUCGUAUUCCAAUCUAUCCUGUUCAGUAAACCAACAAAAUUCUCCAGGCUUUCUUUGCGAUAUUGCCGAACAGCAAAGAAGUCGUCCAAAUGGCGAACUAUUAAUUUAGGAUGUAUUCACCCAAACGGCGCUGGGUGGUUAGCAUUUCAAGCUGCCAUCCUGCACUGUCGCGGUUCGCCUCCCGCUGAGGGUGUUGAUAAGACCGAUGCGAGGCGCGGUCUCCGAUGCGACCGCCUCACGAGGCCCUUUCGAUCGACUGACUCUCACGACGACCUGAAGGCUCCACUGACCAGGAGACUCUGGGGCUUUCUGCUUUCGAGGCACAGUGAGCCAUGCAGAAUGGACAGUCGGUUGCCAGGGCGAGUGACUCGUGAAGAUCUUCAGGGGAAAGAGACGGAGACGAGUAGGAGACCAGCCUCUCUUUUCGCCCUGUCGUCAUUGCCUCAGCCUCAGCAAGUCGCAAUUUGUCGGCGACUGCGGUUGCGAAAUCUUCACUUACACGACCUCGACUCCAGCGACGGGGCGAGAGGAGAGAUGCGUACCAGUGUCGUCCAGUUAAGAGGCCAGCCAAUGGUGGCGCGGUCCAGAAUCGAUUCGCCGUGUUGCCAGCCGACAGCCAAUCAGCGACUAGCGUGGGCUGGACCGACGAACCGCCGUCUCGGGCUACCUGACGCUCUAUUCUCGGCUUCGUGGUCUGCCUCUGUCGUCUUGGCCCAACCGAUGCGUCUGUCAUCUUUGUCUCUCUAUCAAACUGUCCUGCCUACAGCUCCACCUAAUCUUGGAUCCGUCUGUACCCUGCCGGUGCCGCGUAUUGCCCGUCUGCCAUCCUCACACAUUCAACGGUCGGUCAGUUCAACCGACGUAGCGCCUACUCGUCUUAGUCAUCGCGGUUGCCCGGACUUGUCAGUCUCUUCUGUGCCUCGACUGGCCUCCUGA